AUGAUUGCGGCCAACAACAGCUUCGACGUCAUUAUCAUUGGCGCCGGCAUCAGCGGCAUCAAUUCUGCCUACCGCCUUAAAGAAGGUCUCCCCGACUACUCCUACGCCAUCCUCGAGGGACGGGCAGAAAUUGGUGGCACCUGGAGUUUGUUCAAGUAUCCCGGCAUCAGGUCCGAUUCUGAUCUUCACACCUUCGGCUUUCCCUGGGACCCAUGGAAGGAAGAUCGUUCUAUCGCCGACGCAGCAUCGAUUCUGAGCUAUGUCAAAACCACUGCCGCUAAACAUGGCAUUGACAAACACAUCAAAUACCACCACAAAGUCGAGUCGAUGAAUUGGUCGACGGAGAAUCAGCACUGGGAGAUCGAUGUCACUGUCGACGGUACCGAGAAGCGAAAGUACUACUCGCGAUUUAUCCUCCUGGGCACGGGCUACUAUGACUAUACUCAGGGCCUCAAUACUAAGAUCCCCGGCAUCGAGAAUUUCAAAGGAACCGUCGUCCACCCCCAAUUCUGGCCCGAGGACCUCGACUACACAGACAAGAAAGUCGUUAUCAUUGGCAGUGGUGCGACCGCCGUGACCCUCCUUCCCGCCAUGACUGAGAAGGCCAAAUCGGUGACCAUGCUUCAACGAUCACCGAGCUAUUUCCUGCCCAUCCCCCUGACCGAACCCAUCGACGGCCUCAUCAAGCGGGUAUUCCCCGAAAAGUGGGCGUAUCAACUCAUUCGACUCAGAUUCCUUCUCGUAGGUUUCUUCUUCUUCCAAUUUUGUCGAUUCUUCCCCAAAAAGGGUCGAUCCGUCCUUCGUGAGGCUACCGAGAAGGAGCUGCCUGCCAAUAUUCCGUUUGAACCUCACUUCGUUCCUCGAUAUAAUCCCUGGGAACAACGAAUGUGUAUCACGCCCGGUGGUGAUUUCUUUGCAGCACUGCGAACGGGCAAAGCCGACGUCGUGACCGACACAAUCCAAGACAUUAACGCGAACGAAAUCAAACUCAAAUCCGGAGCUACUCUCCCUGCAGAUAUCAUCAUUACCGCCACUGGUCUCAAGAUCCAGUUCGGCGGCGGCGCCAGUGUCAACGUCGACGGCGAGCCCUACCAGAUGAACCAGAAGUUCAUUUGGCGUGGUGCUUUGCUACAAGAUCUGCCAAACUUCACAUUCAUCUUUGGCUACACGAAUGCCAGCUGGACCCUUGGGGCCGAUGCCACUGCACAGCUAUGGGUUCGUCUCCUCAAAGACAUGAAGGCGAAGAAUAUGACGAGCAUGGUUCCGCGCGUCAACGAAAAAGAGGGUGUGACGGAGGUGCCUCUUCUGAAUCUGAAUAGUAGCUACAUCAAGGCUGCUCAAGAGGCGAAUACGCUACCCAAGGGUGGGGACCGGGGGCCUUGGGCGCCUAGGAGCUCGUAUUUUUGGGAUCUUUGGCAUGCAAAGUUUGGCGAUAUUCGGACCGGGUUGCAAUUUAAUAGGAUUUCGACGUAG